GAUUGCCGCAUUAAGUUGUCAAAAUUUGUGAGAAUAGGAAGUGCGUGACAGUUCAGUUCGAUUCGAGACAAAGCAGCGAGGCUCUAGCCCAGAACAGAACAGAAUCAGAACACAAUCAGAACCUAGAUCCAAAUCUAAAUCGCAAUCAGAACCAGAAUCAGGCAUUAGUGUCGUAUCACUUCGGAGCGGGACAGUCGCCAGGAACUCACAGGAUUACCAACCCGACCUACAAACAAUAAAAACCCCCGGUUAUUAUAUGAACACAAAGUCAAAACAAAUUAAACCUCUGCGGGUGCCAUGCAAAUGAAAUUCCCCGUAUAGCAAUCGGAAUUUCAAUCACAAUCUAUAACGCCAGCGACCUGUUAAUAGUUUAAUUUGCGGUCAUAAAUAAUAACACAAGAAUAAAUUGAUUUUCGUAAUAAAUCAAUAAAUAACUAACCAGCCGUUUUGCCAGUCGUUCAAUCAAGUGAAGCCCGUUCAAAAAAACCAGAAAAAAAAAUACUAGGAUCGGAAAACGGAAAAUCAGAUCGCGCCGGAGCCAAAAAAUUUUGAGGUGCCGAAAUGAAACUGUUUACCAACAAAAACCAGCGCAAUGCAAAGCUGCUACGAUGCGCUGCCCUCGGGAUGACCCUGCUGUUCUUCGGGUCGCUGGUCCUCAUCGCGGAUCCGCUGCAGAGCAUCCUGGAUGCGCAAUUAAGCCUGAAGCCCGGAGCCCUGUUGCACCGACUGUGGCUCUUUCCACCGCUCGACGUCUACAUAAAUGUCUACAUGUUCAACUACACCAACGUGGAGGAGUUCACCUCGGGCAGGGCGAGCAAGCUGAAGCUCCAGGAGCUGGGUCCGUAUGUCUACAAGGAGGUCUUGAGCAACCACAACGUGACCUACAACGGGGGCAACAACACCAUCACCUACACCCCACGACGCGAAUACAUCUUUGCACCGGAGCGAUCCGUGGGCGACCCCAAGGUCGAUCGGAUUUGGGCACCCAACAUCCCGCUGAUGGGCAUCACCACCUUGGCCUCCAGUCUGUCCAUGUUCGCCGCCUUGGGUCUGAGUGCCCUGACCAGGCAGAUGAACUCGCAGCCCAUGCUGGAGAUGAGUGUCCACGACUACAUGUGGGGCUACGAGGAUCGCCUGGUGGAGCUCGCCUCGCGGUUCGUGCCCAGCUGGAUUGACUUUACCAGCUUCGGCAUCAUGGAGAAGCUGUUUCGGGAGGGUAACGAGAGCAAUGUGUUCAACAUGAACCUGCUGGAACCCAAGGACAACUACGGUGUGAGGUUACCGGAUGCCCCACGUGGCUACACCGUGAACAGCAUCAACGGAGAACGUGGCUUCAAACGCUGGGACUACGAUGAGAAGACCAAUGGCACCAUGUGCAAUCGCAUUUGGGGCAGCCACGAUGCCACGCUCUUCCCACUGGACAUGGACGAGAACGACGAGUUCUUCCUGUACAGGCGAACCUUCUGCCGUCGAUUGCCGUUGAAAUUCAAUAGAGCCACCACCUUCAAUGGCACCGAUGGCUUCGAGUUCAUGAUGCAGCCCGAUGCCUUCGACAGCGACUUGGGCAACGCCAACUCAUCGUGCUUCUGCAAAAACAAUCGCUGUUUGAAGAAAGGUGUGGGCAGCGUUUCGCCCUGCUACUACAACAUUCCUUUGGCCAUUACGUAUCCGCAUUUUAUGCACGCCGAUCCCAGUUUGCUGGAGCCUUUUGAGGGCUUGCAGCCGGAUGAGUCGCGUUUCACCUCCACUUUUGUGGUGCAACCGCAACUGGGAGCUCCGAUGCAGGGCACCCACUUGCGUCUGCAGGCCAACCAGGUGGUGGGCAAGGUGAACUUCAACCGGUUGAUGGAUCCCUUCGAGAACAUGAUCCUUCCCCUGCUCUGGGUUGACCUCAACAUCGACGUCUUGUGCUGGAGCCUCCGCAUGCUCAUUCACGGCAUCAAGUGGGGCUUCCCCCUGCUGCAGUGGAGCGCCGCCGUGGGAAUGCUGCUGGCCGGGAUCUACCAGCUGUGCAGCGCCCUGAUGCUCUGCUUCUGGCCGACGGCCAAGCAGUUCCAGAAGGUGGAUCAGGUGGAGCGCGGAGCGGCUGUCCAGGUGAUCGGAGCUGGGUUGAGCUUGGCCAGCGGACUGCGGAAGCAAUCGCUGCAACUCGAUCCGGAGGAGCAACUGCAGCUGCUCUUCGGCGGAGGGAACUUCAAGUUGGCCAAGGCGUAACCCGGCAGCAAAGUGGAGUGGCUACCUCAACUCAAGAAGGGGCAACACUGUGAUAUUUAGGCUUAAGAUUCGGUAUAAAUUAUUGUGCUCGUCGGAAACAACUUAGGGAACGUCCUUGCCUACGAACUAGUUAACGAUAACGAUAAGCUAGGGCUAAAGCUAAAGUCUAGACUCUAGAGUGUGGUAACAGUAAGCAAUGUACAGAUGAGCUUGCACUCGAUAAAUACAGGUCGAUAGCUAUGUAA